UAUCAGUGACAAGUUGAUAAUCAACAUGACUGUAAUAAAUUACCUACUGUGUGUGAGCCUAACCAUCUCUUUGGGCUUAGCCGAAAGAAAGUGUUGGGAAGAUGAUGAUGCAAAUGAUUUAUUGCCUCUAUUGGAUUAUUGUCGAAAGGAGCAUCUGGACUUCGAAAGAUGUUGGAAGGCCACUUUAGAAGAUCUUCGACCUUACGUGAAGGAUGGUUCUCGAUAUUAUUCAAUACGAAGUGUUGAAAAAAUCCCCAUUGACGAAGAAUUUCAGCAACGUGUUUCUCUGAUGACCAUAAACAUGUCAGAUUUUGAUAUGUAUGGGUUAAGUGACUACAUUGUCGGAGAUAUAGACAUUGAUAACAUCAGGAAAAUGGUUUUUGAAUUAAAAAUUCCUAAAUUAAGACUCAAGGGUGACUACAGCAUGAAUGGUAGACUGAUGCAAUUUCCAGUAAUUCCUGUCAGAGGCCAUGGACCAAUCACUAUCAAUAUGACUGAUUGUUCGGUUAAAGCUAUUUUAUACGGCAAAACGUACAUGAAAAAUGGAGACAGAAAAAUAAAAUUCAUGGAUGCGGAUAUAAGAAUGAAGGUUGAUGGGGGCAAAAUCAUGAUUGAGGAUAUCAAGAACGGCGACAAAAAUUAUCAGGGACCAGUUAACUAUAUGUUAAAUGAUCACUUUAGAGACAUUGUUGUGCAGCUAGUUCCAUCAGUCAAAGAAGCUGUUAGAGAUUUACUCUUAGACAUAUCUAAUGCAAUUGCUAAACCUUUCACCUUGAAGGAGUUAUUUUCUGACAGCGUAAUUGACAGUUCUGAAGAAGAUGAUGAUGACUAUCGUAUUAACAGAUACAGAGACGACAUAAACAGGUCUAAUAGAAAGAAGAACAAAUCUAGACAUAAUUAACUAUUUUAGUAACAAUUUAAAAUAAAUAUGUGUAUGUAUGUAUUAGAAAAAAUAUUAUACGAAUUUUAUCAAGAAUGUAUGUGUUUUUUAUCUUUGAAUUGUCAAAUCUGUUGUUAUAAAAUGUAUAAUAAAUUAAUUUUAGUAGUUCCCUA